GCCUGUUCCGGCCGGACGCGGAGGCGCUGCCGGGAGCGGAGCUGCCCCAGGUGCCGGAUACGAACGCGGCGGCGGUGGGUGAGUGACACAACUGAGUUUUCAGUAAGUGAAUCGACAUCAUGUCUCGAGCACGGCAGCCCCCACUUGUAACUGGUAUCUCUCCCAAUGAAGGCAUCUCCUGGACAAAAGUGACUAUUAGAGGAGAAAAUUUGGGGACUGGGCCUACAGACCUCAUAGGGUUAACAAUCUGUGGGCACAACUGUCUGCUAACUGCUGAGUGGAUGUCUGCCAGUAAAAUUGUGUGUCGAGUUGGACAGGCUAAAAAUGACAAAGGAGACAUUAUUGUUACUACAAAGUCUGGUGGCAAAGGAACUUCAACGGUUUCCUUCAAACUGCUUAAACCUGAAAAAAUAGGUAUCUUGGAUCAGUCUGCUGUCUGGGUGGAUGAAAUGAACUAUUAUGACAUGCGCACUGAUAGAAAUAAAGGGAUUCCCCCCCUGUCCCUACGUCCAGCUAAUCCACUUGGUAUUGAGAUAGACAAAGGCAGAUUUCCUCAAAAAGAUUUAGAGGCACUGUUUCCUGGGAUGAGUGCUGAUUUUACUAGUGAAAACUUUUCUGCUGCCUGGUACCUGAUUGAGAAUCAUUCAACAACAAGUUUUGAUCAGCUCAAAAUGGCUGUUGUGAAUUUGAAGAAGCAAGCCAAUAAGAAAAAUGAAGGAAGUCUAGCUUAUGUGAAAGGAGGUCUCAGCACAUUUUUUGAAGCACAAGAUGCUCUGUCAGCAAUUCAUCAGAAACUGGAAGCGGAUGGAACAGAAAAAGUAGAAGGAUCCAUGACGCAAAAACUGGAGAAUGUACUGAACAGAGCCAGUAAUACAGCAGAUACUUUAUUCCAAGAAGUGCUGGGUCGCAAGGACAAAGCUGAUUCAACAAGAAACGCUCUUAAUGUUCUUCAGCGUUUUAAAUUUCUUUUCAACCUUCCCUUGAAUAUUGAAAGAAAUAUCCAGAAGGGUGAUUAUGAUGUGGUUAUCAAUGACUACGAAAAAGCCAAGUCACUGUUUGGAAAGACAGAGGUUCAAGUCUUCAAAAAAUAUUAUGCUGAAGUUGAAACUAGAAUUGAAGCUUUAAGAGAACUUCUGUUGGAUAAGCUGCUUGAAACUCCAUCAACAUUGCAUGAUCAGAAACGUUAUAUAAGAUAUCUUUCUGAUCUUCAUGCGCCUGGGGACCCUGCUUGGCAGUGCAUUGGUGCUCAACAUCAGUGGAUUCUGCAGCUUAUGCACAACUGUAAGGAGAGCUAUGUUAAAGAACAAAAAGGCAGCUCAUUGCUCCACAGCCCUAUGCUGGAUCUGGACAGUGAUGUGCGUCCAUCACCAAUUGGCCAUCUCAGUCAAACUGCAUCAUUGAAAAGGGGCAGCAGCUUUCAGUCUGGCCGUGAUGAUGCUUGGCGAUACAAAGCUCCUCAACAAGUUGUGUUUGUUGAAAAGCUGACAAAACUUGUUGUAAGUCAGCUGCCCAACUUCUGGAAGCUCUGGAUUUCUUAUGUGAAUGGAAGUUUAUUCAGUGAGACUGCUGAAAAAUCUGGCCAAAUGGAAAGAUCAAAGAAAAAUGCAAGGCAAAGACAAAAUGAUUUCAAGAAAAUGAUUCAGGAAGUGAUGCACUCUCUGGUAAAACUUAUCCGUGGAGCUUUGCUUCCAUUCAGCCUCAAAGAAGGAGAAUCAAGACAGUAUGGUGGCUGGGAGAUGAAAUCUGAGCUUUCUGGCCAGUGGCUGACACAUGUUAUCCAGACAGUAAGGCUUAGUUACGAGUCUCUAACUGCACUCGAGAUACCCAAUGAUAUGCUUCAGAUCAUCCAGGAUCUUAUUCUGGACCUUCGUGUACGUUGUGUUAUUGUGACCUUACAACACACAGCUGAAGAUAUAAAGAGGUUAGCUGAAAAGGAAGACUGGGUUGUUGACAACGAGGGUUUGACAUCAUUGCCAACCCAGUUUGAACAGUGCAUUAUACAUUCCUUGCAAUCUCUUAAAACUGUACUAGACUGCAAACCUGGAGAGGCCAGCGUUUUCCAGCAGCAGAAAACACAGGAGGAUGUGUGUCAGCUGAGCAUUGGGAUCAUGCAGGUCUUUAUAGACUGCUUGGAACAACUGAGCACCAAACCUGAUGGUGACAUAGAUACAGCACAUCUUUCAGUUGAUGUUUCAUCUCCAGAUUUGUUUGGAAGCAUUCACGAAGACUCCAGUCUUUCUUCAGAACAGAGGCUUUUAAUUGCACUCAGUAACUGCCGUUAUCUGGAACGUCAUACCUUCCUAAACAUAGCUGAACAUUUUGAGAAACAUGGCUUUCAAGGCGUUGAAAAAAUAACUCAAGUUAGUAUGGAAUCCUUGAAAGAGCUGGAUCAAAGACUGUUCGAAAUGUACAUUGAAUUCAAGGCAGAUCCUAUAGUUGGGUCAUUAGAACCUGGCAUUUAUGCAGGAUAUUUUGAUUGGAAAGAUUGUCUUGUUCCAGCAGGUGUCAGAAACUACUUGAAAGAAGCGUUAGUGAAUAUCAUUGCUGUGCAUGCAGAGGUGUUUACAAUUUCCAAAGACUUAGUUCCUCGGGUAAUGUCAAGGGUUGUAGAAGCAGUCUCUGAAGAACUGAGUCGACUGAUGCAGUGUGUUUCAUCCUUCAGCAAAAAUGGAGCUUUACAGGCAAGACUUGAAAUCUGUGCUUUGAGAGAUACCGUGGCCAUAUACCUAACGCCUGAAAGCAACUCAAGCUUUAAGCAAGCUUUGGAAGCCUUGCCUCAGCUCUCAAGUGGAACUGACAAAAAGUUCUUAGAAGAGUUGCUAAACAAAUUUAAAAGCAGCAUGCACUUGCAGCUGACCUGUUUUCAAGCUUCUUCUUCAGCAAUGAUGAAAACAUAGACAACAAUGCAGGCAACUCAAAAGAUGGUUGUGUUUAAAUGUCACCCUUUUUUCUGUACUUCUUCAAUCCCUUCGAAGACUGAAGAAAACAAAAGGAAUUUCACUGGAAAAGAAAUUGAAGAUACAACCCUGAGUAAUAGCAUUGGGUAUCCUCCUCAGUGAGACUUCUGGCCAUGAAUACCUUGAUAAAGUGGUUUUCUGUCUACUGAAUUUCAUUCUGUGGAGGGUAAUA